AUGGCUGCAGAGGGAAUGAGGUCUGUGCUGUUCGUGUGUCUGGGUAAUAUUUGUCGCUCACCUAUAGCAGAAGCAGUUUUUAGGAAACUUGUAACUGAGCAAAAUAUUUCAGAUAAGUGGAUCACUGACAGUGGUGCCUACUCUGACUGGAAUGUGGGGCUUUCCCCAGAUGCAAGAGCUAUAAACUGCCUAAGAGAUCAUGGCAUUAAUACAAGUCAUAAAGCAAGACAAAUUACCAAUGAAGAUUUCCUGACCUUUGAUUAUAUACUGUGUAUGGAUGAAAGCAACUUGAGAGAUUUGAAUAGAAAAGGUAAUCAAGUUAAAAACUACAAAGCUAAAAUUGAACUUCUUGGAAGCUAUGAUCCACAGAAACAACUUAUUAUUGAAGAUCCGUAUUAUGGAAAUGACUCUGACUUUGAGAGUGUAUAUGAGCAAUGUGUGAGGUGCCACAAAGCAUUUUUGGAAAAAUCUCGUUAA